CUCGCGCAGUUACGCAUGCGCGCUUUGAGCGCGUGCGCGUGGGGCGGAGAAAGAAAGAUGGCAGCGCUUGGACUCCCCACGCCACUGCAUGGGCACGUGGGCCGCGGCGCCUUCAGCGACGUGUACGAGCCCGCGGAGGACACGUUCCUGCUGCUGGACGCGCUCGAGGCGGCGGCGGCCGAGUUCACGGGAGUGGAAAUAUGCCUUGAAGUAGGAUCAGGGUCUGGAGUGGUAUCUGCAUUCCUAGCCUCUAUGAUAGGUCCUCAAGCCUUGUACAUGUGCACUGAUAUCAACCCUGAGGCAGCAGCCUGCACCCUGGAGACAGCCCGCUGUAACAGUGUCCACAUUCAACCAGUAAUUACAGAUUUGGUCAAAGGCUUGCUACCAAGAUUGAAGGGAAACGUUGAUCUUUUGGUGUUUAAUCCUCCCUAUGUAGUGACUCCACCUGAAGAGGUAGGAAGUCACGGAAUAGAGGCAGCCUGGGCUGGUGGCAGAAAUGGUCGAGAAGUCAUGGACAGGUUCUUUCCGCUGGUUCCAGAUCUCCUUUCACCAAGAGGAUUAUUCUAUUUAGUUACCAUUAAAGAAAACAAUCCAGAAGAAAUUCUGAAAACAAUGAAGACGAAAGGUCUACAAGGGACCACUGCACUUUCCAGGCAAGCAGGCCAAGAGCUCCUUUCUAUCCUCAAGUUCACAAGGUCCUCACAUACAGGGGGUGCUCCUUGAAGCUGAAUGCUUUCCGCAUAUUUUGAAGCUCAAGUCAUUUCUCGGUUAACAAGUAAAAUGGUCAGAAAUUUGUGGUAGAGAAAAUGGUGAAGGGUAGGGCAUUCCCUUUUACCCAGGAAUCAGGCCUACAGAAAUAUUUGCACAAGUGCAAGUAAAAAAAAAAAAUAUAUAUAUAUAUAUAUAUAUAUAUGAAGUAUAUAAUUUGCAUUUUAUAUAUUAUAUAUAUUACAUACACAAAAUAUAUAUAUAAAAGUUAUAUCAUACAUGAGAGGAUGUUCAUUUCAGCAUUACUUGUAACAGCAAAACAAUGAAGUUGCCUAAAUGUCCAUCAGUAAGGAAUUACAGUAUAUCACUGUUACUGAACAGGAGUGACAUAUGCAGCCAUUAAACAUGAGUCAGGUCUGUAUACACUGACUAGAAGGGGUUCAUGAUGUACUACUGAGUGAAAAAAAACAAGUUUCAAAACAGUAUUAAUCUUUAUGUAUAUUUUUGAAAAACCUACAGAGAAUAUGUUUGUAUGUGUAUAUAAGAAAUUCUCAGAAGAUAAAUAAUAGGGAAAUAGAGGAACUUUCACUCUUCUGUGGUGGCAUUUGCACAAUGAUAAUGUAUUAUUUUUAUAAUUAAAAAGUUUUUUAUUUAAAAAAAUUUUAAAUUUACCUUACCCUCACUUGCUUGUUGUCUCCAUUCCACUUCUGUUAUUCAGAAUGCCUUCUGCCUCUAUUCUUCUCCCUGGUCAGAUUUUUCCUACCUUUUAUCCCCUGUCAUAUAUUUCUGUUUUCUUCUUGCACAUAUGUUGCAAACUGCUUUCAUUUUUUCUUAGAUCAGGGAGAGUUGUAUGUAAAUAAACUCACCAUUCUUAAGUUA